AUGGCCCAGGAGCUCAGCGAGAAGGAGCUAUUGAAGAUGGAGGUGGAACAGUUGAAGAAGGAAGUCAAGACCCCACGAACCCCGAUUUCCAAGACAGGAAAGGAAAUCAAGGAUUAUGUGGAGGCUGAAGCAGGAAACGACCCUCUCCUCAAAGGCAUCCCUGAGGACAAGAAUCCCUUCAAGGAGAAGGGCGGGUGUGCGAUAAGCUGA